AUGGCUAUUACAACAAGAAAUCAAACUGCAAAAACAACAGCAUUCUACAACUUUAUCGUACAUUAUGGAAUUCCUGCUAGAUUGCAAAGUGAUCAAGUAGCUCAAUUUGAGAGUCAUCUGAUAAGAGAAUUUUGCGAAAUUACAAUGAUAGACAAAUCGAGAACCACUCCGUACCACCCGAUGUCAAAUGGAAUGACCGAAAGAUCCAGCAGGACACUCCAUAGUAUGCUAGGAACUUUGGAAAAUAAAGAAAAAGCAAGAUUGGAAAAGGAGAAGCCAACACUACCAGGAGACGUAGCCUUCAGAUUAGAUAACGGUGAAGAGAAACGCAAUUAUGACGAUUAUAUUACAGAUUAA